CACCAUGGCCUUCCUGUGGUUCCUCUCCUGCUUCGCCCUCCUGGGCUCAGCUUUCGGCUGCGGGGUCCCCGCCAUCCACCCCGUGCUGAGCGGCCUGUCCAGGAUCGUCAAUGGCGAGGACGCCGUCCCUGGCUCCUGGCCCUGGCAGGUGUCCCUGCAGGACAGCACCGGCUUCCACUUCUGCGGGGGCUCCCUGAUCAGCGAGAACUGGGUGGUCACCGCUGCCCACUGCAGUGUCAGAACCUCCCACCUCGUGGUCGCCGGAGAGUUUGACCAGGGCUCCAAUGCUGAGAACAUCCAGGUGCUGAAGAUCGCCCAGGUUUUCAAGAACCCCAAGUUCAACAUGUUCACCGUCAGCAACGACAUCACCCUGCUGAAGCUGGCCACCCCCGCCCGCUUCUCCCAGACCGUGUCCCCCGUGUGCCUGCCCAACGACGCUGAUGACUUCCCCGCCGGCUCCCUGUGCGCCACCACCGGCUGGGGCCUGACCAAGCACACCAAUGCCAACACCCCCGAGAAGCUGCAGCAGGCCGCCCUGCCCCUCCUGUCCAACCCUGAGUGCCAGAAGUACUGGGGCAGCAAGAUCACCGACACCAUGGUGUGCGCCGGUGCCAGCGGUGUCUCCUCCUGCAUGGGUGACUCUGGUGGCCCCCUGGUCUGCCAGAAGGAUGGAGCCUGGACCCUGGUGGGCAUCGUGUCCUGGGGCAGCGGCACCUGCUCCACCUCCAGCCCUGGCGUGUACGCCCGCGUCACUAAGCUCAUGCCCUGGGUGCGGCAGAUCCUGGCUGCCAACUGAACCCACGGCCCCCCACAGCCUUCCUGCUGACCCUAUUUCUCUAAAGCCCCAAUAAACAGAUUA